GCUCUCUCUCUCUCUCUCUCAGGGAGCUGAUGUCACCUGCUCACGUGACCUGGGUUUUCCCCUAAAGUUUAGGGGAAAACCCAGGUCACAUGAUUCAGACAGUUUAAUUAGUUUAAUUAAUUUAAAUGAAAACAGUUUAAUUAGUUAUGUUUCAAAAUCUGCAGCUAUAUAAGAGCCACACAUCCACACAGAGCUUCAGAGCGACACAAACCUUCACAGCGAGUUUCCAGCGAUUUAAUCUUCUCCUUCGUAGUAAAAUGAACUCAAACUCCGCAAUGACCUCACUGUAUGUGGGUGAUCUGCACCAUGAGGUCACCGAGAUGAUGUUGGUGGAGAUGGUGAGCCGUGCAGGACCUAUUCACUCUGUCCACAUGUGCAGGGACAAGAAGACCUUCUCCUCACGCGGCUACACUUUCGUCAACUUUCUGCAUCGAGCUGAUGCUGAGCGAGCGCUGGAAAGCGUCCCAGCUGUUGAGACAGCUGCAGUUGGGGACAGCAGUCCAGUUGUGGUUCCAGUUUCAGCUGCAAAAGAACUUCCAGCUACAACUGAUGCAGUGCCUCCUACAGCUGUGUCACCUGUGAGUGAAGUUCCGCCAGACAAGGACGCAACAGUAAGAACAAAACACGAGUAA